GACCCCACUGGAAAUAAGCUUUCGAGCUUUCGUGGGUCAUCCUGUGCAAGCCUGUUGUUUAAAUGCUACUGUAUAAUAUGUUAUGGUGACUUGCCAAAUAAAAUCAAUCAAUCAAUCAAUCAUCAUCACCAUCAUCAUCCAUCAUCAUUAUGAGCUAUAUCAACAAGUAGGCAGACAUGACGUACAUAGGCCUAUUCGGAAGUUUCUGAUAGCGAAGCGAGCUAAUAAAAAAGACCUUUCUAAUACAAAUAUAUUUUUUUUCGACCAACAUGAAUUCCGAAGAUAAAAAAGUGCCGGGAUGCCUCUUCUUUCUUCUCCUUUUCUUUCCUCGUUUUUUGUUUUUGCCGUGUGUACCACAUGUGCUUUUUAAUUAGCCGUAACUUCAGUCUGCUUCAGAUUGCGCAAAUGAACCGCUUUACUAUUUAGAGGUCGUUCGUAGACAAAAAUUAGGCCGAACUUAGGCUUUAAACAAGUGAAAUUCAGCAAGACUGUAGGAAGGAUAGGUAUGAAUCAAAAGAACAAGUGAAGCUGUUAUCUCUUGGUGAAAUAGAAAGGAUGGAUGUAAGAAUAGAUGCUGGUUCACAGUCUUCUACAUCAUCAUCUGUGAAGUGUAAACAAGAAGUUAUUAUCAAAGAGGAGGAUGCAGACAAACCUGAAAAUAUCAAUUCUGGUUUAUCAAUCCAUUGUGAACAGAGUCAUAUCAAGUCAGAAGACACCAUCUGUAAGAGUGAGAAGUUGUUAUCAAAGAGCGAUGAAUAUAAAACAUUCUACAUCAAGGAGGAAGAAGAGGAAUGUUUACAACAAGAAACCACUACCGUUGGGAGUUCAGGUGACAAUGCAUCCUUGGAAUUGACAUGUGAAGCUCAACCAACAGAGGAGAGUGAAGAAGAGAGAAUACAACAAUACAAUGAACAAGACUUCACAGGAUUAAGGCCAGCCACAUGUGAACAUGAUACCUCUAGUGAACCGGAGCAAUGGACUUUGAGAGGUGAGUCCUUGGUAGAGAGAGAAGAUUUACCUGACAAAGAAAGAACACAGCAGGAUUCAUCAGAUAAUAAUGGUCUCACAAAGUCUUUGCAAACCACAUGUCAAAUUGGUACUACUUCAAGGAUUGACAUGUCCUCAGAGUGCACUGGAAAAGAUCUAUUUCAAGAGCAGGGCAGCAUCAAAGACUAUAGCCAGGAAUCUCAAGGAGUAGAUAGACCUCACUUACCAGCAUCCAUAGAAAACUCAUGUGACCUUGGAGAGGAGAGGUCACAAAGAUGUUUGAGAGGAUCAAAUGAUCUCACUUGUCAUGUCAGUGUAGACCACAGAAGCAGUUCUUUGUCUUGUUGCAAAUCUGUGCAGAGUAAAGAGACGUCACCCGGAAGGCCCCAUGCUAGCUCUCAAUGCGGGACAAAGUUUCAGAAGCUUUGGAAUCUGAAAGGACAUGGGUCAAAGCAUAAUGGUGAAAAGCCUUUUCCAUGCAGUAAAUGUCCACAAUCUUAUACACGUAAGAGAAAUCUUAAGAGACAUUUGAUUAUGGUUCAUGGAGUAGCCAAUAAUGAAAAGUCUAAACGGGGAGACACAACUACUUCCACAACUUUUCUUGGAAGACCCCACGCUUGCUCUGAUUGUGAUAAAAGGUUUAGCCGGUUAAGUCGCCUGAAAGAACAUAAGUAUACACAUAGUGGUAAAAAGCCUUUUGCUUGUUCAUUGUGUCCAUCAUCCUUUGUUAGAAAGCAUGACCUUUUUAGACAUUCAUCAAGACUUCAUGGGGUUGGUCAAGGUGGUGUGUCCAAACAGGGAAACAAAGGUUCUUCAAAACUUAAAGACAUUACUCAAAAGCAGUGUCAUAGACAAAGUGAAAGAAAAAGAGGAUUUGAUGAAAAUGCUAUUGAGCAAAUAGAUAACACAGGUGAUGUACCUAACAAUAUUUGUAAAGGCAAUGUUUCAAAUAGUAUAGUACAUUCCGAAUCAUUGUGCAACGAACAGACGUCUCUUAAAAGGCCCCACGUGUGCUCUCAAUGUGGGAAAAAGUUUCAGAAAAUGUUGAGUCUCAAAGUCCAUAUGUAUACACAUACAGGUAAAAAGCCUUUUGAAUGUUCUUUAUGUCCACAAUCCUUUAAUAGUAUGAAGCAACUCGUAAGGCAUUCAUCAGAACAACAUGGGAAUGAAGUGACUGAAUGUAGAAAGAAGAUUGCUUCUGAAAAUAAAAACAUUGCUCACAAUGAAAAGUUUGUCACAAAUUACAUGCAAUCUGGAGACACAUUUGAGAGUCAAUCACAUGACCCAGGUCACAACAAAUCACUUGAAACAAAUCAAAAGCAAAUACAUAUAGCAGAUCAGGAAAAGAUUGAUAUAACAGAUAAGUGGGAACAACAUGGUAAAGUUCACCACGAAAUGCAUCGCCAAAAUGAUGAUAUACUAAGCCAACAAGGAAAUACAGAUAGUUCAAAGAGCACAAGUAAAGGGCUUUCCUUAAAAUCUAGAUCACAUGAAAUUCCUAAGCAAUUGAAUACUAGACCUUAUGCUUGCACUCAGUGUGGGAAAAGGUUUAAGAGGACAUAUCAUCUGAAAGAACAUAUGGACACACAUACUGGUAAAAAGCCUUUUGAAUGUUCUUUAUGUCCAAAAUCCUUUAGCCGAAAGAGGAACCUUGUGAAUCAUUCAUUUAGUAUUCAUGGGGUAGCUGCUGAUGAAGUGACUCGUGGGGUAACUGUUAGUCAAGAUUCUCAUAGGGUAACUGAUUAUCAAAAGUCUCGUGGGGUAGCUGUUGAUCAAAAGUCUUGUGGCGUAACUGUUGAUCAAGUGUUUCAUCAGGUAGCUGUUGAUCAAGAGUCUCAUAGGGUAAUUGUUGGUCAAGAGUCUUGUGGGGUGACUGUUGUUCCAUUUUUUUAUGGGGUAGCUGUUGAUCAAGUCUCACGUGAGGUAGCUGUCGAUCAACUGUUUAACCGGGUAUUCGUUGAUCAAGAGUCUCUUGUAACUGUUGAUCAAGUGUCUCAUGGGGUAACUGUUGAUCAGGAGUCUCUUACAACUGUUGAUCAAGUGUCUCAUGGGGUAACUGUUGAUCAGGAGUCUCUUACAACUGUUGAUCAAGUGUCUCAUGGGGUAACUGUUGAUCAAGAGACUCAUGGGGUAGCUAUUGAUCAAGAGACUCGUGGGGUAGCUUUUGAUCAAGAGACUCGUGGGGUAGCUAUUGAUCAACUGUUUAACCGGGUAUUUGUUGAUCAAAAGUCUCUUGUAAAUGUUGAUCAAGUGUCUCAUGGGGUAACUGUUGAUCAAGAGUCUCUUGCAACUGUUAAUCAAGAGUCUCUUGUAACUGUUGAACAAGUGUCUCUUGGGAUAACUGCUGAUCAAGUGUCUAACAGUGGAAGCAAGUCUUCCGAGGAUCAAACUGAAAUUCGUGCUCACAAGCAACAAAUUAGUAAAAGGCUCUCCUUAAAAUCUAGAUCACAUGAAAUUCCUAAGCAAUUGUCCACUAGACCUUAUGCUUGCACUCAGUGUGGGAAAAGGUUUAAGAGGACACAUCAUCUGAAAGAACAUAUGUACACACAUACUGGAAAAAGGCCUUUUGAAUGUUCUUUAUGUCCAAAAUCCUUUAGACGAAGGAAGGACCUUGAAGAGCAUUUAUUAAGACAUCAUGGGAUAAGCAUUGAUCAAGAGUCUUGUGGGGUAACUGUCGGUCAAGAUUCUCAUGGGGUAACUGUUGAUCAAGAUUCUCAUGGGGUAACUGUUGAUCAAGAGUCUCUUGAGGUAACUGUUGAUCGAAAAUCUCAUCAGGUAGCUGUUGGUCAAGAUUCUUAUAGGAUAAAUGUUGGUCUAGAGUCUUGUGGGGUGACUGUUGUUCCAUUUUUUAAUGGGGUAACUGUUGAUCAAGAGUUUCAUCAGGUAGCUGUUGGUCAAGUGUCUCGUGGGGUAAUUGUUGAUCAAGUGUCUCAAGGGGUAACUGUUGAUCAAGAGUCUCUUGUAAAUGUUGAUCAAGUGUCUCGUGGGGUAACUGUUGAUCAAGAGUCUCAUGGGGUAACUGCUGAUCAAGUGUCUAACAGUGAAAGCAAGUCUUCCAAGGAUCAAACUGAAAUUCUUGAUCAAGAGUUUCAUCAGGUAGCUGUUGGUCAAGUGUCUCGGGUAAUUGUUGAUCAAGUGUCUCAAGGGGUAACUGUUGAUCAAGAGUCUCUUGUAAAUGUUGAUCAAGUGUCUCGUGGGGUAACUGUUGAUCAAGAGUCUCAUGGGGUAACUGCUGAUCAAGUGUCUAACAGUGAAAGCAAGUCUUCCAAGGAUCAAACUGAAAUUCUUGAUCAAGAGUUUCAUCAGGUAGCUGUUGGUCAAGUGUCUCGUGGGGUAAUUGUUGAUCAAGUGUCUCAAGGGGUAACUGUUGAUCAAGAGUCUCUUGUAAAUGUUGAUCAAGUGUCUUGUGGGGUAACUGUUGAUCAAGAGUCUCUUGUAACUGUUGAUCAAGAGUCUCAUGGGGUAACUGCUGAUCAAGUGUCUAACAGUGAAAGCAAGUCUUCCAAGGAUCAAACUGAAAGUCUUGCUCACAACCAACAACUUAGUAAAGGGCUGUCCUUAAAAUCUAGAUCACAUGAAACUCCUAAGCACACUAGGCCUUAUGCUUGCACUCAGUGUGGGAAAAGGUUUAAGAAGACAAAUCAUCUGAUAGAACACAUGGAUACCCAUACUGGUAUAAAGCCUUUUUUGUGCUGUAUAUGUCAACGAUCUUUUGCUCGUAAGAGGGCCCUUGUAAGUCAUUCUUUAAAAGUUCAUGGGUUUAGAAAUGAUCAGUUGUCUGAACAGGGAUGCAAGUUUUCUUCCAAACUUAAAGUCCUAGUUUACAAACUAUCAAUUGAGGAUUGUCUUGAGCAAAUUAAUAGCCCUGGUAACGAGCAACGCCAUCAGCAAACACAUAGUGAAGAUCAAGAACAACCAAAAACUAUGGGUCAACAUCAAGAUCUAGGCUCAGUUUGUGAUGUCACACAUUCUCCGUUGUGUAAUGUUAAAGACACUCUGUUAGAUUCUGAGAGAAUACAACCUGACAUGAUUCAUGGACUUGGCAAUGUAGAAAAAUUCGAAUAUACAGGAGUGUCUAAGAAUGGAGGAGAACAGAGCCAAUUGAGUAAAGGAAGUGAUGCAGUUAAAAUCAAUAGCCUUCGUGAAGACUUAUCUCUGAAAUUACGAGAAGAAUACACUAAAAGUAAACAACCAACUGAAAGUCAUGAGUCCAGUGUCAGUAAAAUCCUUAAUAACAAUAGAAACUCAUCAGGUGUAAUAGGCAGGGGUAAUCAUCUUUCUGAGGAAAGAGGCAGUACAUCAAUUAGUUCUCCUUCCAAUGCCCCAUCAUAUGUGCAAAGUGAAGAAUGCUCACUUGGAGGGCCCUAUGUAUGUGCUAAAUGUGGUGAAAGGUUUAGCAAGUUAAGUAAUCUGAAAGAACAUAUGUAUCAGCAUAGUAGUGAAAAGCCUUUUGUAUGUUCUAUAUGCCAACAAUCAUUUAUUCAAAAAAGAAGCCUUUUGAGACAUUCAUUAAGACAUCAUGGGAUUAGUAAAGAUUAUUUGUCCAGCAGGCUUUCUACCAAACUGAAAGGCACUACUCGAAAUCAGCUGCAUGUUCUUGGUGAAAGUAAAAAACAAUUAGAUGAUAAAUUUCAAUGUCAUUUUGAUAACACAGAUGAUAUUUCUAAUGAAAUUGGUAAAACUAAUGAAUCAAAUAGUACUGUUCGUUCACAAGUACUCUACACAGAUUUGGAACAAAGAAUCACCUCUGUUAGUAAUCAUCAGGCUUCUAUUCAAGAAACUAACAGAAAACAACUUCAAGGAAAGAUGGAUAGUUCAAAUAGCAUGAGUAAAGGGCUUUCCUUAAAAUCAACAUCCCAUGAAAUUCCUAAGCCAUAUGGUUGCUCUGAAUGUGGGAAAAAGUUCAGAAAGACCAAUCAUCUUAAAGAACAUAUGUACACACAUACUGGUAAAAAGCCUUUUGAAUGUUCUUUUUGUCCAAAAUCCUUUAGCCGAAAGAGGAACCUAGUGAAUCAUUCAUUAAGACAUGGGGUAACUGUUGAUCAAUUGUCUCUCGGGGUAACUGUUGAUCAAGGGUCUUGUGGGGUAACUGUUGAUCAACAGACUCAUAGGGUAACUGUUGAUCAAAACACUCCUAGGGUAACUGUUGAUCAAGAGACUCCUAGGGUAACUGUUGAUCAAGACACUCCUGGGGUAACUGUUGAUCAAGAUUCUUAUGGGGUAAAUGUUGACCAAUUAUUUCAUGAAGUAGCUGUUGAUCAAGAGACUCAUAGGGUAACUGUUGAUCAAGAGACUCAUAGGGUAGCUGUUGAUCAAGACACUCCUGGGGUAACUGUUGAUCAAGAUUCUUAUGGGGUAAAUGUUGACCAAUUCUCUCUUGAAGUAGCUUUUGAUCAAGAGACUCAUAGGGUAACUGUUGAUCAAGAGACUCCUGGGGUAACUGUUGAUCAAGAUUCUUAUGCGGUAAAUGUUGACCAAUUCUCUCAUGAAGUAGCUGUUGAUCAAGAGACUCUUAGGGUAACUGAUGAUCAAGAGACUCAUAGGGUAGCUGUUGAUCAAAAGACUCAUAGGGUAACUGUUGAUCAAAAGACUCAUAGGGUAACUGUUGAUCAAAACACUCCUAGGGUAACUGUUGAUCAAGAUUCUUAUGGGGUAAAUGUUGACCAAUUAUUUCAUGAAGUAGCUGUUGAUCAAGAGACUCAUAGGUCAACAGUUGAUCAAGAUUCUUAUGGGGUAAAUGUUGACCAAUUCUCUCUUAAAGUAGCUUUUGAUCAAGAGACUCAUAGGGUAACUGUUGAUCAAGAGACUCCUGGGGUAACUGUUGAUCAAGAUUCUUAUGCGGUAAAUGUUGACCAAUUCUCUCAUGAAGUAGCUGUUGAUCAAGAGACUCUUAGGGUAACUGAUGAUCAAGAGACUCAUAGGGUAGCUGUUGAUCAAGACAGUCCUGGAGUAACUGUUGAUCAAGUGUCUCAUGGGGUAACCGUCGAUCAAGAGACUUUUGGGGUAACUGCUGAUCAAGUGUCUAACAGUGGAAACAAGUCGUCUGAGUAUCAAACUGAAAUUUUUGCUCAACAGAAACCAAUUAGUAAAGGGAUGUCCGUAAGAUCUAGAUCACAUGAAACUCCUAAGCCAUAUGGUUGCUCUGUAUGUGGGAAAAAGUUCAGAAAUACCAGUCAUCGUAAAGAACAUAUGUACACACAUACUGGUAAAAAACCUUUUGAAUGUUCUUUAUGUCCAAAAUCCUUUAGACGAAGGGCACAAGUUGUAGAUCAUUCAUUAAGUAUUCAUGGGGUAACUGUUGAUCAAGUGUCUAACAGUGAAAAGCAACUACUUGAUUCCAAUCAAAAAGACAUUUCUGAUCAAGAUAACAUGCAAAUCAGCCAGGGAAAAGAUUGUAAAGGUCAUAACCCAUCAGUACAAACAAACAAUGACACCCUUAAUUAUGUUUGUUCAUGUGGAGAAAGUUUUCAUUCGUUUGAACAACUCACUGUCCACACAAAGACAGUUGGGGGAGGGGAACCCAUGAAAUGUCCAAAUUGCGAUGAGGUGUUUUGUCAUAGGUCUUCUUACAUUUGCCAUGUACUUAUGCACUUGGAAAAGAAUCACAAAUGCCCUGAAUGUGAACAAACCUUUCGAUGGAGCUAUGAAUUAACAUCACACAUGAAAUCACACCUUACUAAAAGUAAAGAAAACAUAAAUCUCCCAACUGAACGUAAAAGAGACAAAAGAUUGAUUAAUGCGGGCUCCAAAAACGAUAGUGGGGCAAAUGCAUGUUCUCAGUGUAAUAAGCGUUUUAGAAAAAUAUCAUGCUUGAGAGAACACAUAGCUUAUUUCCACACAGGAGAAAAGUAUUUUUCUUGCUCUAAAUGUUCAUCGACUUUUCUUAAACGGAAAUCACUAAUCUGGCAUUCUGCAAAACACCAUGGGGUUGUCCUUGAUCAGAUCUGUGAAUGUGGAAAGGGGUUUUCUUCCAAAGCAGAAGUUAUUGCUCACAUUACCACACAUGAUACCUUGCAAUCACAAGGCUUAGGAAAUAAUCAGCAAACACAUGGGACAGCUCAUGAUCAAAGGAAUUCUAAUGAAGAAGUGUCCAAUAAGGUGUUUCACAACUCUGAUUCUAAUAUGAGCCCGGUUGAAACACAAACAAGUUUUAAAGAGCCUCAGUUGAACAAAGAAACGAGUGAGAAGACCAGAUCAAUUGCCAUGACUAAGGAUUUGUUUGAUGACUCUGAUGAUGAUCAGAUGAGCAUCAGUUCAGAACUUAUUGGAAGGUGUACAAAGAGUGAUGAAUCUAGCAGUGUUUUGACUGUAGUAGACGCUCAUAGAAAAAAUGGUCAAGAAUCAAGUCUAGAGGAGCUUAGUGCUCAAACUGUUGAUGAAAGACUUUGUUCCUGCUCUGAAUGCCAACAACAUUUUCCUGGUAAAUUCUCGCUUUUGCAACACUUGAUGAGACAUCAUGAGGAUAUUUUGAACAAAGUUUGUGAGUGUGGUAAAAGGUUUUCCAGUGAGGAAGCUCUGUCCAAUCACCAGAGAGGACUGGUAAAAUGUAAUAACUGCCUUAUCUGUAAGAAAACAUUUGAAGGUCAAUGUUUGUAUGAGCUUCACAUGGAAAUGCAUGCAGAGAUGCAAUACAAGUGUACUGAAUGUGAAGACAAAUUUGCCCUAGAGAAUCAAUUAAUCAACCAUCUUAAGUUCCAUACGGGUGGAAAACCAUUUGCUUGUUCCAUGUGCAAGGCAAGCUUUUCCCAAGACAAUAGCCUUGCCAAACAUUUGCAAAUGCACAAGAAAGAGAACCUCUAUGAAUGUGUAAAGUGUGGGAUACUAUUUGUGAAUUUAAACAAAAUUUGCGAGCAUGAUCUAAAAGUGCACAAACAUUGUUGGUGUCCCGUGUGUGAUAAACAUUUUCAUGCAAGUAAGGAGUAUGAGGAACACAUGCAAACGCACAAAGAAGACCCAAUCUUUGAGUGUUUUAAAUGUCGUAAACAAUAUCCUCACUUGGAAAGCCUUAAGAGACAUGCAACACGCCAUGAUGAAAACAGGAUUUUGAAAUGCUUGUCAUGUAAUAAACUCUUUAUAAGAGAAAACCUUAGAAAACAUGUGGAAUGGCAUCGCUCAAUUAGACCUCAUAAAUGCAUCCAAUGUGGAAAGGGUUUCGUUCGUAAGCAUGAGCUUAAUAAACACAUGGUAGGUGUCCACACGAAAAGGAUACCAGCUCUCCAUCUGUGUCACAUAUGUGGAAGAGCUUGUGUCUCAGAAGCUCGGUUGUUGAUUCAUGUAGAAUCGGUCCACAAAAAGCAGGAAUUUCACACAUGUCCUGACUGUGGGUACAGCGUCGCUAACAAACAGCUCCUAUCACAACACCUUUACAUAUGCAGGGGUGGCAAGCCAUACAAGUGCACCAUAUGCCAAGAUCUAUUUAGUGAUAAGUACGAGUUUAAUCGGCACAUCAAAAGGCAUGCUGGUAAAAACCAAUGUCCUGUAUGCAAGCGGCAGUUCAAAUCGAUAUCUGAUGUAAAUCUUCAUGUGCGGAGGGUACAUACAGGAGAAAGACCGUUUCAAUGCUCCCAGUGCCCAGCCAGGUUUGUUGGGCCAAGUGCUCUUAAAGCUCAUAUGACAUGGCACAAUGGUGUGAAGCGUUUCAAAUGCCCAUUAUGUAAAAAAGCUUUUAUAAUGCCCGCUAGUCGCAAUAGGCACUUAAAAAAGGUACAUAAGGAAGUCAACCAUGUGAUGUGUGAUAAAUGUGGAGAAAGGUUUUCAGGAUUUGAUGAGUUAAUGAAUCACAGGAAACGUCUGUAUAAAGAAACUCCCCAUCUAUGUGUUGUUUGUGAAAACAGAUAUCAGACAAUCUGUGAAUUGACUGUACAUUUGAAAUCCCAUUCUAAUUAACAUUGAACAAGGAAAAUCUUAAUCAUUUUUGUCUCGCCGGCAUAGCACAGCGAGAGUAUAGGCGCCGCUUUUCUGACGGCAGCGGCAACACUGAAAUCAUAACCAAGGUUAAGUUUUUGAAAUAUCAUUACUUUGAUAGUUUAUGGACAUAGUUCAUGUAACUUGGACAUGGUGAUCAAGUAUCCUUGAACAUCCUGUGUGAGUUUCAGGUCAGAUGACCAAGGUCAUUUAGGGUUUAUGAACUUUGGCAGUGUUGGG